AGGUGGCGACUUGGCAGUAGGCCGGUCGGGGCCUCACUCUGGCCACCUGAGUCGACGUCGCGCUUGUUCCAAACUUCGACAACUACUUUCUCCUCGACGCCGCCUUUCUCCAAUCGAACAAUAGCCUGUCAUAUAUUCCGAUACGCUGCCAUCUUGCAAUCCUAUUUAUUCGCUAGCUAAAGUCUGUUUUGCUUUUUGUCAAUUUGUUUGUCUGCGUCUGUUAUCCUAAUUCCUGGCUGCACACCUGUGAUUUCGACCUUCUUCGCCGCGACUUCCCGCUUGUGUGUCCUGUUCGUGCGCGCCUUCUUGACCGUCGGGGGCUGUUUUGGGAAAUCUCGGGGGACCUUUUUGCUAGCUGGCCACUAUGACGAGCCUAGACGAUGAACUGCUGGCGCUGGCAGGAGACUCCUCUGAUGAGGAAGAGGUCUCCUCCCCACAACCCAAGCUCGCCUCUGCCUCUCCCCGACCUAUAUCUUCUUCGCAAGAAGCCAAAAGAUCCCCUCCGCAAAAAUCCAACGACAUGGCGCGCAAAGGUGUGGCGAAGGCUGUGAAGCCUGCUAGGUCAGCUAAACGAACGAAGCGGCCAAAGAAAGAGGAAUCUGACGAAGAAGGUGAACUAUCUGCAGCCGAAUCCCAUGACUCUAAUGCCUCUGCUGCUAUGGAAGAAUCUGAUGCCGAUGAACCCUCCUUGCGGGUUGAUGGCGAUGGGCCAAUAUUCCCCUAUGAGAAGCUGUAUUACUCAGCCAAGGACAAACAAGAAAUAAUGGCUAUGCCAGAAAUCGAGCGCGAACAGAUUUUGUCCGAGCGCUCUCAGCAGGUCGAUCGCCAUAACCAAGACGUUGUUUUGCGCCGUUUGCUUGCCUCUCGAGAACGCGAACAAGCACGAUCUGAGUCGAAAGCCAAACGCAAGGCAAGUGCCGCCGAAUUGGAGGAUGGCCAACGCAAGAGCUCUCGCCAGAAGACCACACUAGGAGGACGCAAAGUCGGUGAAGCCUCAGAUGCUAUUGAAGCUUACAAGCGACAACGGGAACAGAAAGGCAAGCGCGAUGAGCAACGUCGCCGAGAGGCUGAUUCGCGACAAAACCGAGCUCGAAGCUCGUCUCACGAAGAGGGUGCAUACUCCGACGUUGAUGCAGAAGGAGAAAGUGAAGUUGAAUACGAAGAUCGGGUGCGCCGCAGCCCAUCAGGGCCACCAGUCCCCAAGGAUGACCCACCCGCAGAACUGAAAGACAUCCAAAGAGUCCGUGUCGGCCGCAGCAACUUUGCUAGCGUGUGUUUCCAUCCUACGUUCGCACAAUCACUUACUGGUUGUUUCGCACGCGUCAAUAUUGGACCAAAUCGAGACACCGGGCAAAACGAAUAUCGUGUUUGUAUCAUCAAGAGGUUUACCCAAGGCCGUCCAUACUCAAUCGAAGGAACAAAUGGUCGUACAUACAUUACGGAUUCGUACGCGGUUCUUGCGCACGGUAAAGCCGAGCGAGAGUUCCCGUUCAUACAAUGCUCUGACUCUCUCUUUACUGAGGCCGAAUUCAAUCGUUGGCGACAGACUAUGGCUGUCGAGGACUGCAAAGUCCCAACCAAAUCGACGUUGAGUGCUAAAGUCGUCGACAUCAACAAGCUUAUCAACUAUAAGUUCUCCGCUGAAGAACUAGAGGAGAAGCUACGCAAGCAAGGGUCUAGUAAUGUGAACGAGAAGCUUCUGAAGCGUUUUGAACUGGAGCGAAAGUUAAACGAAGCCAUUGCCGAGAGUAACGACGAUGAAAUAGGCGAUAUACAGGCCCAACUUGCCAAGGAGUCGACUCCUAAGCUUGGCUCAGGCAUCUCGCUGAACAAACCUCGUCUCGAGAAGCAGCAGACUCCCGAGCAGCGUCUUGCUGAACUUAACCGUCGUAACCAACGGCUCAACAGUGAAAACGUACGACGUGCGCAGCUUGAAGAGCGCCGAAUCAAUCGAGAGAAGGCUGCUGCCGUAGCUCGCGGGGAAGCAACUGCGGAUCCCUUUUCUCGUGUUAGAACUCUUGCCAAGACCCAUCACGACGUCAAUGCGCCACGAGGCACGCCGAAGAAGGAGGAUGUAGUGGAGGGUACUAAUGGAUCAUCAACUACAGCUAACGAUUUCACGUCGAGCCCAACACUGAAGGAUACUCCUACAGGGAGCCAGACGAAGCCCAAGGGGAUCGCCGUUAUCCGACAUCGUAAUAUGGAUGAUGAGAACAUAGCUGCUUUGGACCUGGAUUUGGACGGAGAUUUUGAUCUCGGAAUCUAGGCACGGACUUCUUUCUACGUCAUACUCAGUACUUAGUUGGUUGUUUUAAUUCUGCAUAGAACAGCACCGACGCACUUUUUUCUUUUCGUGGGAAUAUAAAACAUUGAUGCUGAAGGCUAAUUUAUUGUUGUAAUUACUAGUUUGUGUUUUCCUUCCGACUUGAUUCUCCAGAAUAUCUUUAUUCACUGUCUCUUUGGCAUUUUGCAUUUCGUUGAUAUCCAUGGUUAAAGCACCUUACUUGCAAGGCAGGAGGAGUUUUCGAGGCGCUGGUUCUGUUCUCUAAAAUAUUUCCCCCGGGUAUGUUACAAUUAGUUAUGGAGCAUCAUAAUCGACCAUCCAUAUUAUUUCAAUUUUAUCGACUCGUCUCUAUCAUC